CUCAAUUCCAUUGCCGUACAUCGACAUAUCGUGCGUGAUGCGUACAUCACAAACACGAUCCAAUCCUACAUGACAUACCCGCUUCGGGAUGAAAAUACCCAUUAAGAGACCACGUCCAAGAUUCGGGUUAGACAGUCAACGGUGGGAACAUUGUGCUUAAUAAGUUUUCAAUUGGGGCUUCCCAGAAUCAUUGCCCUUUUCCUGCGAGCAGACCAGAAGGUGAGAAACAAUUGCGACGAUACCAGUGAGAUCUCCAACUGGCACUCUCACUCAAAGACGUACAGGCUUUGUGCCUCAACAAACGAAAUUGAUUUCUCGUCCUCAUCACCCACCAGAACCAUCCUAAUCCCAGCCAUUUCGAGCACUCACCAGGACCGUCGCCAACAUGUCACCAAUCCCUGUCCGCGAGAAACAAAAUCGCGAUGCGUCGACUAAGCUCGACAUCAUAGUCGUCGGUGCCGGACUGGGAGGCAUCGGUGCAGCCAUUGCGCUCCUCCUCGCAGGCCAUUCAGUCCACAUCUUUGAAGCGGCGACAGAAAUCGGCGAAGUCGGCGCCGGUAUUCAAGUGCUACCCAACAGUUCUAGAGUCCUACAAUCAUGGGGCAUGCGGGGAAUGCUUGAGGACUACGCGACCAAGCCAAAACGAGUCAACAUGCUGGGAUGGAAGGGAAACCUCAUCUCGUACAUGGACACCGAAGAGUCUGCUUCAGCCUAUCCAGGCACAUACUACUGGGAUUUCCACCGCGCCAACUUGCACAAGUGUCUCUUGGACAGAGCUAUUGAGCUAGGAGCAGAGAUCAAAGUCUCAGCCCGCGUCGUGGACGUCCAAAUCGCCGGUGAUGAUGCGCAAACUGCAACUGUGGUGCUGGCGUCCGGAGAAAGUUUUGUCACCGACCUUGUUGUCGGCGCUGACGGUAUCAAUUCGAAUCUUCGAGAGAUCUUCCUCGGACGACCCGAUCCACCCACACCAACUGGCGACCUGGCAUAUCGUCUCCUUCUCUCCACGAAAGAGAUUUUAAAGGACCCCGAACUCGCUCCAUUUGUCACAGACCCACAAGUCAACUACUGGCUCGGACCUGACGCGCACGCAGUCAACUAUGUGCUCAGAGGAGGCGAGCUGUUCAACAUGGUGCUUCUGGUGCCAGACGACAUGCCCCUCGGCGGUGCCAACACUCUCGAAGGUAAUGUGGAGGAGAUGAGGGCUUUGUACAAGGAUUGGGACCCACGCAUCCCCAAGCUUCUCAAGUUGUGCGAAUCAGUGUACAAAUGGCGGCUGCAGAUCAGAAUAGGGAUGGACUCUUGGAGCCACCCGUCAGGAACCUUUACCAUGCUCGGAGAUGCAGUGCAUGCCACAUUACCAUAUCUUGCCUCAGGCGCUGGCAUGUGUCUGGAAGAUGCGGCAGUCUUGGGUGAGCUGUUCUCUCGCGCACCCAACCCUAGAGACCCUCAGGUCAAGAAAGAAUUGCUCUCCAUUUAUGAAACCUGUCGCAAGGAACGCACAGAGAUGGUUGUCAAGCGAGGAAAUCUCCAACAGCAUCUGUACCAUCUGCAUGAUGGACCGGAGCAGCAAGAGAGAGACCGAAAGAUUAUGGCCAAAGAGCAAGGCGAGGCUCUGGCCUGGAGAGAUUCCGGACUGGCACCCAAGUUAUUGGGCUACCAGGUUGAGAAAGACGUCGAUCAAUACUGGCCACCUCCUAGCCUGUCAUCUAGCUUGCAGUCUCGAUUGUAAGCUGUCGUCUUAGGACCAUUUCGAUGAGGACAUGGCGACCCUAACGAUCUGGUAUGAUGUUUAGUUGAAGAUGACAUCUCUGCGGGCCUACACCAUUCUGCAUUUCGGCCAUUUAUGUCGAGAAGAAACACAUACAGGACACCAGCGGUCGGAGUUGGCGAGCAUUGAGAACUGUUUUUGAGCAUGGGGACCGGAGAUUAUUACCGGCUACUGAAAGGAAAUGAAACCACAAACGAACCUCUGAAAAUGAGGACGUCCCCACCUGCGACGUGGGCUUUCCAGACUUUCCAGAAGAUCUCCUGGCAUGGUCAUUCAGCCUUACUAGUCUUGGAAGGAAGGGGAGAUACAAAAAUCAAACGGCUGACAUUCGAAUGAUAAAUUGGAGCACUUGGGGCGGGGGAGACAAACUGCGCCGCGGCGGCCAAUGCCCGCGGGCCAACUGCGUGACUGUGGUGGAGGAGCGGUCCAUAUUUGUAGCGUGGAAUUUCUCGUUGAGCCAUGCCAGCGGCCAUGGGAAUAUCAUCACGGUAAUCUGGACGAGCAGAGCUAUCUAUGCUAGAUCUACGAUUACAUUAGCUG